AAUUUUUCCUUUAACAAUAAAUAUCAUACCUACAUACACUGAUAUGAAAUAUUUUUACGAAAAAUACGCUUGUCAACAAUUAUUUAGUGUAAUAUAAAAUAGCUUGUUGUUGCAGAAUGUUGUUGCUAGAACAGUAUGAACAGCAAUAUGCGGUAUUGAUUGCAGAAAUCACUUCCGAAAUUGCACAACUAAAACAAUUAAAUGGGGUGGAACGUCGAGAUCUAAGCUCCAAAAUCGAUGGUAGUCUUGCGGAAGCGCAUGAACUUUUGGAACAAAUGACUUUGGAAAUACGGGACAUCGAUGUAACAUUGCGACCAAGCUUCCACAAUAAAGUCGGUUGUGCGCAGGUAGAAUUGAAGCGACUACAAAGUGAUUAUCGUAAUGCUAAGGAAGCGCAACAGCGACAACACAGGACCGUAUUAGAGUUAGGUGGUAAUGAUGGCGACUAUUAUGAUGAUGUUUCUAUAGGUAAUGACCAACGACAACGUCUAUUGGAGAAUUCAGAACGUAUAGAACGCACCGGAAAUCGUUUAGCGGAUGGAUAUCGAGUUGCACUGGAGACUGAAACAUUAGGAGCACAAGUGCUUAAUGACUUAAGCCACCAACGUGAAGUUCUUCACGGCGCACGGGCGCGUUUACGAGAAACCAACGCAGAUUUAGGACGUGCUUCGCGCACACUUAAUUCAAUGAUGUUACGUGCGUUGAGAGAAAAGUAUGUCCUAUAUGUAGUGGGGGUUUGUUUUGUGGUCGCGGUAGGUGUGAGCCUAUAUUUGACGUUUUCAUCCAGUGCUCCCACUUCUUAGAUGGAUCGUUAUGGUAUUUUAUGUAAACUGUUUUGCUGUGCGUAUUUAUUGUUACACAUUCGUUUCUCGGCAGUUCAAUUAUUUUAGUGUUUUGUUGAAGUACAAAAAGUAGGUAAGCAAAUGAUUUUAUAACUUAUAUUUAGAAUACAAUACGUGAGAAUGCAUAUAUUAUAAUGACAUUGUUACAUGUAUGUAAUUUCCUUUUGUUGCAAUACAACAUUUACCUUGCAAAAUUUAUAAAGUUAAAACACAAUGAUUUUAUCCAUUUCGAUUUUUCACUUUUAUUCUAUUCGAAGUUAAUCUGUUAUUACAUUUUAUUCCUAUAUCUAUGAGUAUUUGAGAAAAGCUGGGACAAAUAUUAAAAAUUACCCCAGUUAAAAUUUUUCAUUGUGAUACGAUAUUUUAAUUAACAUACAAAUACACAUACAUAUACUUUACUUUCGUAUAUAUUUAUAAAAACAGUAUACAUACACCUUUAAGCCAGUUAUGGCAACAUAUAAAUAGUCAUGAUAAGAUUUGGUGUUCUUCUUCGUCGAAAUUCUUGCGUGUUAAAAGCCCUUUUAAAAAGCCAUGGAACUUAAACUUUUGGACGGAUUAUAACAAAAAGUACCAAUAUAAACUAAAUAAAGUUAAAAUGUUUUUAAUUGUUGUGACACAGUAA